CGGUGAACCGUGCUACAGGACGGACGCAACGUCGGGUCUUACUACUUUUGACGGCCUAUAAGUGACGAAUUUACGCGUUCCCCGAAUAAAACCGAACGCGAUAUCGUACGCGCGCGUGAAAAUACUCCAUCGCAUGUGUCGUCUCGAGAAAGUAAAGAAACGUUCGAAAGUUUGUCACGCAAAAGCUUGAAAAAAAAAAAGAUCAAUCGGAGAUUGAAAGCGAUAUCAUCUCGGUGAGCUGAAUUCUUGAAAUGCGCGAGGAAGAGCUUUCACACGUGCAAAUUUUGUCUCAAUGGAAUAUCAAAAGAGAUUUUAUUGGGGAAUGACAAAUGAUCGAGUCAAUAUAUAACAAACGUAGAUUUUUCACAUAAUAUAUAUAUAUGAGAAGACACAUUGAGAAGAAUUCGUUGAACUGUGGCACGUUCACAUUACUAGUACACUGGUAAAAAAAAAAAAAAAAAAUAAGGCGACAAAGCAUUUUUUCUUCUUCCGUAGGGAAGAUUGAUGUGGUCGUAAACGACUUCAGUGUUUAUGGCUCGACUCGUGCGACUUUUAGUAUCACAAAGGUGAUCUGCUGAGUUGACAAUUGUGGCAUCGGUGAUAUCUCGACGCCACGUCGCAUAGAAUAUACACAAAUAAUACGUAGAAACAAACGUAAAGAAUCAAACUUGCAUCAUCUUUCUCAUAUAUGAAAUAGACGUAUAACAAAAAAUGUGUCCAGGAUAUUCCUAUUUCCUCCUACGUGAAAGAUCACCGAUAAUCACAUGACAUUUCGCCAUAUUUUCCUGACCUAACGAAUUUCUUUGUACGAACGAUACUCGAAACAAAUUCGGAACAAACCAUUGUAAAAUUAUGUUCUUCGAGAGCAACGAACAGCUAUAGUGAAAAUGUGGUAUCACAACGUCUGAACGAAACCUGACACAGAAAAGACCUCGGUCAAAGUCGUAGCGCGUAUAGGUUGGUGUGCGGGAACGAAAUCUAGACUUGUGUGUGUGUGUGUGUGUGUGUGUGUCGUGUAUUGCCUGUUGGGCCUUUGUGGCCGCGCUGAAACGAGAAAGGACGAAGAGAUGGCGGAAAACGACAGCCAUAUCGCGCCAGAAGCCACCGUGGUACGAUCCGAGGACGAGGAGAGACGAGAGGAACUAUAUCCCAAUACAGUGGAAUGCAAGAGUAUAACAAUAGAUAAUUGCGGCAUGAAAGACGAGAAGACGGCGAAUGAGGAGAUAGAAGAGGAGGAAGAAGAGGAGGGGAAUCAUCGUAAGGAGACCAAAAUGGACCAAGCGCAAGGAUUGCAAACACAGGUGCAGCAAACUGAUACGCAAGCCGACAGAAAAGUCGAUACAAGCCCGGACCACAUAUCGGAUUCUCCAUUCAGUAGUCAAAGAGUAUACAAGAAAUCAUCACCGAAUAAUAAAUUGACACUUUACCUAGCCAGUAGGGACCUUAUUGUCAGUGAAGCCAAAAUCGACAAACUUCAAGGCGUUCUCUUGGUUGAUCCCGACUACUUACAGGAAAAAAGGGUUUUUGGACAAGUUACACUAACUUUCCGCUACGGAAGAGAAGACGAGGAAGUAAUGGGCCUAAAAUUUUGCAACGAAGCAGUCAUGUGUUUGGCCCAAUUGUAUCCACCAUAUGCGGGAUCUGAUCAUCAGGAAAGCAUAACGGCAUUACAGGAAGCACUUGUCAAAAGGUUAGGACCCAAUGCCCACGCAUUCACAAUGGAGAUCACACCACUAGCCCCACCAUCCGUACAAUUGGUACCAGCUAAGGAAUACAAUGGUGCACCUAUAGGUACCAGCUACGAUAUCAAAACUUAUGUCGCGGAGCGGGCAGAUGAGAGAUUACACCGUAAAGCCACGGUCAGAAUGGGCAUUCGGGUGAUCCAGCGAACCGUGAAACCACCUUUACCCUCAACAACUAUGUACAGUGUGCCUCCGUCUCAAGUACCAUCGAUCGGCUCGAGAAUUCAAGGAUGCAAAACAAGAGUGGAAUUUGCAGAAAAUGAAAUCAUCGAGGAUGAUGAAAAUGUAGGACCACGUGCAGCGGUGGAAAAGCCAUUUUUAUUAAGUGACGGCCGCAUCGGAUUGGAAGCAAGACUAGAUCGUGCAAUUUAUGCUCAUGGAGACUCAAUCACUGUCCACAUCAAUGUCAGCAACAACAGCAGCAAAUCCGUAAGAAGAAUAAAGGUAUUUGUCGUGCAACAUGUGGAUGUUUGUAUGUUCAGCAACGGCAAAUUUAAGAAUGUUGUGGCCCUUGUAUCUUCGCAAGAAGGCUGUCCUGUGGGUCCAGGUAGUAUUUUGAAAAAGGCUUACACUCUCAGACCUAUUAAAGGUUCAACCAAAAAUUGGAUCGCCUUAGAAGACAGCUACACGAAAACUGGAGCAACUUUGGCAUCAACGGUUGUUUGCCCUGGGAAUGGAACCGAUGAUAGAAAUGUCUUUGCGAUUUACGUAUCUUAUUAUGUAAAGGUCAAACUAUUGAUCUCGGCAAUGGGCGGUGAAGUUUCUUUGAAGCUACCGUUCGCACUCAUGCACAGUAACACAGAUCCGGAUCUCGUAGGAUUCCCGUCUCCUAUCCGAGAACCGCCGAAACAAUUUGAAAGGAGCAUAAACGAAAUUACGGAGAAAUCAAGCAAACAGGAUAGCAAUAAUCACAGAAAUAAGGAAAAUAAGCUAGAGGCUAUUAAAGAGCAGGAGAAGGAGUCGAGAGUGACUGACGUGGACCUGAUAGAACAUUGUGAGGAAAGUGACAACAUCUGAGAGCGGGCGCAACGAGGCGACACGAUGUCGCGGCCGUCAUCUGUCAGGAAAAGCAGCGAUACAAAAACCAUGAAAAAUUCGAAUCAUAAGACAUGCAGACUCAGCGUUACCAUACAGAGAGCUUGGUGCUGCUUCAGAAGAGCCUCUUAAUAAACGAAUGAGUCAAAAUCUUAGAGUAUCAUAUGAGUGAUGAUAUCUACUUACAUCAUCAUUGUAAUUCCUUCUAUUUUUCGGGGGAAAAUAUAUCUUGUAAAAAUUGCACAGAUAGAAAGACGACUAAUGCGUAGCCGAUCUUGUAAAUUAUCACAAUUGAUGAUUGCAAAAAUAAAUGUGGGUUUCGUAUGUUUUGAAAAUAAUAAAAAGUGCAGAUUCAGAAGUUAUCAGAUUAAUUUUAAAAAACAGUAAACAACUUCUUAUACUUCUCAUGAAAAAAAUUUUACAGAAACACGAUUAUAAUUAAGUAAUCAUAGCUUGUGAACUAUUGAGUAUGCACAAAAAGUUGUGCCCCAUGUAUUGAUUUCGUAUCAUGGCGCAAAUUAUGACAAAAUUUGAUUACUUUCGAAAACAGAAAGACAUUUAAAUGUUAUGAAUGACAUUUGAAUGUUAUUGCUGUAAUUAAGUGUGUGAAGUUGCAAACUAUUAGAGUAUCAUAUAGAAGUCAUAUUUAAAGUAACAGAAGAUACAUUUUAUUGAAAAUAUCUAUUAAUGAGAGAUAGAAACACUUUAAAAUUUUUACUGCAAGAAGGAAAAAUUUCCCGAGAGAAAUAUUCCUAUAUGUUUACAUACUCCACUGAAUAAUAUUAAUGUAAUAUAUUAUAUGUAAUAUAUUCUUAUAAUCUAUUAAAAUUAUAUAUAUUGCUAAUUACGUAAAAUCUCGUGAAUGUAAAUUGUUUUAAAUUUUUUGUCUAUAUCUUCCUACAUCUAAUAUGAAAGAUCUUUUACUGCCACUUUAAUUUUAUAAUCAGGUUUUAAGUUGAUUAAUUUCAAAAACCUAAAAGAAUGAGCAAAACACACACGUGUUCUCUUACAUAUAUAAAAAAAUUAUAUGUA